GGCCCUCCUCUUUUCCCUUCUUUUUUGCUUCCUUUCAAUCCCUACAAUGAUUCAGAGCAUAUAUUUCCAGUCUUAUCUUCUGCUCAAGUAAACCCGCUAUAAUCAUAACCCAUGUUUUGUUUUGCAUGAAACCUUACUUUCUUUUCACAGCUUUCACGAGUUUGCUUAAUCGUCAGUGAGCUAAACCACAAACUCAGAAUUUGAUAAAAAAACCCGAAGAGAGAAGAUGAGCACGGUGGAUAAAAUGCUGAUAAAAGGAAUCCGGAGCUUCGACCCGAAAAAAAACGUCAUCACUUUCUUUAAACCCCUAACCCUAAUCGUUGGACACAAUGGCGCUGGCAAAACUACAAUUAUAGAGUGUUUGAAGCUUUCUUGCACUGGAGAGUUGCCUCCAAAUGCAAGGUCCGGCCAUAGUUUCAUUCAUGAUCCCAAGGUUGCAGGGGAGACGGAGACAAAAGGUCAAAUUAAGCUCCGGUUUAAGACAGCAGCGGGAAAAGAUGUGGUCUGUAUAAGGUCAUUCCAAUUGACGCUAAAGGCUUCUAAGAUGGAGUAUAAAGCAAUCGAGAGUGUUCUUCAGACGCUAAAUUCUCACACUGGAGAGAAAGAAUGCCUCAGCUACAGAUGUGCUGACAUGGACCGAGAAAUCCCAGCUUUGAUGAGUGUCUCAAAAGCUAUUCUGGAGAAUGUGAUUUUUGUUCACCAAGAUGAGGCCAAUUGGGCUUUACAAGAUCCUUCGACUUUGAAAAAGAAGUUUGAUGAUAUAUUUUCAGCUACUAGAUAUACAAAAGCCUUGGAGGAUAAAAAGCUUCACAAAGAUCAGGCUCAAGAGAUAAAGGCAUACAAGCUGAAACUGGAACACUUACAGACCUUGAAAGAUGCUGCAUAUAAGCUUCGAGAAAGCAUUUCUCAGAACCAAGAAAAAACAGAAUCAUUGAAAAGCCAAAUGCAAGUCUUGGAGAAAAUCAUUGAUGACCUGGAUGCUAAGAUUCAUAAUGCCGAGUUAACCCUGAAGGAUCUACGAAAGCUAGAGGACCAGAAAUCAACAAAGACUGCUGAAAGGAGCACUUUGUUCAAGGAACAGCAGAGACAAUAUGCAGCUCUUGCUGAGGAAAAUGAAGAUACUGAUGAAGAGUUGAUGGAAUGGAAAACCAAGUUUGACGAGAGGAUUAUGUUAUUGGAUAAUAAAAUUCAGAAAAUGGGGCGUAACCAGCAGGACUUGGAUGAAGAGAGCUCUGCUUAUCGGCGUAAAUUAAAUAAGUGUACUGAGGAGAUUGGCAAACUUCAAAGGGAUGCUGAGGUACCCUUGUGAUGUCAAAAAAAGACAGAUUCUGCCAUUGAACGAUUGUUUGCACGAUUCAAUUUAGGAUCUACUCCGAAUAGUCCUUUUAGCGAUGAAGUUGCUUUGAACCUCAUGAGCCAAAUAGAAGUGAGGUUAAUGGAUCUCAAUAAAGAUUUGGAUGAGAAAAAGCAAUCAAAUGACCAGAAGCUAAAGACUGCUUGGGAUUGCUACCUGGGUGCCAGUGAGCGUUGCAACAUUGCUGAGGCUCAGAAGAAGGCAAAAUCAGAAAUCAAUUGUUCUGUUUUGAAACGUUUGGAAGAGACAAAAAGUAAUUGUGAUUCUCUUGAAAUUCAAAUUUCUGACGUCAAUAUUUCUCUCCUUGAUGAAAGAGAAAAGAAUAUGGUGAGUAUAGUCUUGCUCAAGAAAGAAAAACAACUGGAUGAACGAAACCACGACGAAAUCAUACAACAAAAGCAGCAGGAGGUGUUUGCCAUAGAUCAGAAGAUUAAGGUACUUGGUCAUGAGAGAAACCUUGCUGCUAAUGAUGCCAAAGAGAGAAUGGAGCUAUCUAUAAAAAAGAGAGAAUUGGAGGAUAAGAAGAAACAACAAAAUAGAUGUAUUGAAGAGUACAAAGACAGGAUUAGAGUAGUGCUAAAAGGGAGGGUUCCUCCUGACAAAGAUCUGAAAAGGGAAGUUACCCAAGCUUUAAGGGCUGUUCAAAUGGAGUAUGAUGACUUGAGCACAAAAUCCAGUGAAGCUGAGAAGGAAGUAAACAUGUUGCAGAUGAAAAUAGAUGAUAUUAAUAAUAAUCUAAAUUUGAUGAAUAGAGCACUUCUAGAAAAAUGGACUUGGAGGUUUGCAAAUGAAAUGGGGUCUGUCUGGAGGGAUCUUAUUUGUUCUAAAUAUAAUUUGGACCCUUCUUUGUUAUUGUUUGAUAGUAAGACUCCAAACAGAGUAUCUUGGAUUUGGAGAUCAGUGGUUAAUAACCACUUUAAAGAUGACCCUAUCGGCUCAAAGUUAAGAAGUUUGUAUUCUUUUUUAGUUGGGGAUGGUAAAUUUAUUCGAUUAUGGCUGGACAUUUGGGCUUUGGAUUAUCCACUUCUAUUAAUUUUCCCUAGAUUGUUUUCCAUUCGAUUAACAAAACAGGCAAAUUAUUUGAGUUUGGGGAGUAUAGCUCUUUCGGCUGGAUUUGGGAUGUGCAGGUCUGGGGAUGGGGUGUUCACUGUGAAAUCUGCUGUCAAUCUAUGCUCAUCAGGUUCUUUAUGUUCGGAUGAGGCCUACUUCUGGAGUAAGAUUGUUUGGAGGGGUCAGCUGCCACCAAAAGUGGAGUCCUUUUUGUGGCAGGAAGAGUCUCCUUCACAUUUGUUAUUCUCAUGUUCGGUGGUGUGGGCUGUUUGGAAUAAAUUUCUCAACUUCUGGAAGAUUCAAACUGUUUUUCAUUAUAAUGCUAAAAGAGGAAAGUUGGAUGAGGUUGAAUUCUUCUUCUUAGCAAGGUUUAGGCUUGCUUCAUGGUUCCUAGCGAAGAAUAAAGGGGUGUAUAUUCUUAAAGACUCUCUCAUUUCAGACCCCUCCUUAGGGGACGUUUGUUCAACCCAUUCUAAUAUGAUUGUGUCUACUAUUCCGUGGCAUCCUCCUCCUAUGGGUUUUGUGAAAAUUAAUGUUGAUGCAACUACGACUAAGGAUUGGAAGAAGAGUGGUUUAGGAGGAGUUUUAAAAGAUUUCUCUGGAACUACAUUAGGGUCUUUCAAGGAGCCUGCAGGUCCGGGGCCUCCAACAUUUAUGGAGUUAAAAGCUAUUCAAAAUGGGCUAAUGUUCUAUGCUGAUUUUCGAGCGAGGAUCAAAGACAGGUUGAUUAUUGAAAGUGACAGCAAAAUGGCAGUGGACUGGGUUAAGGGGGAUGAAUUAUGUCCUCAUGUUUAUGCUUAUUUGGUUACAGACAUUGUUUACUGGCUUAAUAUGUUCGAUGGUGUGGUUAGAUGGCCUGUGGCUUCGAAAGAGCUUAAGAUCAAUUUACUCAUUAGUUUUUCUUGUGUUUUCUUUUGUCAUCUAAAUUCAGCUAGGAAGAGAUUUCUUGAAGCCAGAUUAAAUUCUUUGGAGAAACAAGCUUCUACCAUUGAUUCCUACCCAAAAGUACUGGAGACUGCACAGGAGAAAAAAGAUAUCCAUAAAAGCAAAUACAACAUUGCAGAUGGCAUGAGGCAAAUGUUUGAUCCAUUUGAAAGAGUUGCCCGUGCUCAUCAUGUUUGCCCCUGCUGUGAGCGUCCUUUUUCUGCUGAAGAAGAAGAUGAGUUUGUUAAGAAGCAAAGAGUCAAGGCAGCUAGUUCAGCUGAACAUAUGAAAGUGUUGGCAGUGGAAUCAUCAAAUGCCGAGUCUUACUUUCAGCAGUUGGACAAGCUUCGAAUGGUUUAUGAGGAAUAUAAUAAAACUGUAAAGGAGACAAUUCCUCUUGCUGAGAAAACUUUGCACGAACUAACUGAAGAGCUGGAUCAAAAGUCUCAAGCCCAUUAUGAUGUGUUAAGUGUUUUAGCCCAAGUAAAGACAGACAAGGAUGCUAUUGAGACUUUGAUGGGACCUGUUGAAACGGCUGACAGGCUUUUUCAAGAAACGGGGUUUAAAGCAGAAGUUGAACAUUUGGAAUGUAAGUUUGACAUCGGAGGGCAAGGUGGUGCUAGAACUGUGGAAGAGAUCCAAUUGGAGCUAAACAAUUUGCAAAGCAGAAGGGAUGCUUUAUAUAAUGCUGUGGAGGACUUAAGGGCAGAACAGAGGUACAUGGAGAAGGAUUUGCAAAGCAUUCAGGUGCAUUGGCACGAUGCAAGGGAGAAAAAGGUGGAGGUGGCUAACACAUUGCGUGAUUUUAAAAAGGCAGAAGAAGAGAUAGAGCUCUUGUCUGAGGAGAGACGUCAACUUGAUCUUGAGGAGAAGCAUUUAGCAGAGGCUCUCAACUCGGUAGUCAAGGAGAAGGAAUCAUUAUUGAAUGACUAUGAUUGCUUGAAAGUAAAACUCGAUGAGGAAUAUGAGCAACAGCAGGAACUUAGACGCUCACAUCGGCAUGAAGCUGAAGAACUCUAUGAAAUUAACAGAAAGAUUAAAGCGUAUUAUGAUUUAAAGAAGGGGGAGAAGCUGAAGGAACUGCAAGAACAGAAGUCUCUGAUGGAAUCUCAACUUCUCAGCUAUGAUGCUAGGAAACAGGAAAUAUUGGCUGAGCUAAACAAAAGCAAAGACUUGAUGCGCAAUCAAGAUCAACUAAGACGUAACAUUGAGGAUAAUAUGAAUUACAGGAAAAUAAAAGCUGAUGUAGAUGUGCUUACUCGUGAAAUUGAGUUACUGCAAGAGAGAAUAAUGGAGAUUGGAGGUAUUUCCAAAUUUGAAGGCGAACUCCGAAAAGUUUCUGAAGAAAGGGAGCGACUUCUAUCAGAGCUCAACAGAUGCCGAGGAACAAUGUCCGUUUACCAGAAUAAUAUCUCGAAGGACAAGGCUGAUCUUAAACAAGCGCAAUACAAGGACAUUGACAAGCGGUACUUUGAUCAGCUAAUCCAGCUUAAGACAACUGAGAUGGCAAACAAGGACCUGGACAGAUACCACAACGCACUUGACAAAGCACUCAUGCGCUUCCAUUCUAUGAAAAUGGAGGAAAUAAACAAAAUUAUAAGAGAAUUGUGGCAGCAGACAUACAGAGGGCAAGAUAUAGAUUGUAUUAGCAUUCAUUCAGAUUCUCAAGGUGCUGGAACUCGUUCUUACAGCUAUAAAGUUCUUAUGCAAACUGGUGAUGCUGAGCUUGAAAUGAGAGGACGAUGUAGUGCGGGUCAAAAGGUCCUUGCUUCUCUAAUCAUACGGUUGGCUUUAGCUGAGACGUUUUGCCUCAACUGUGGAAUCUUAGCACUAGACGAACCAACCACAAAUUUGGAUGGCCCGAAUGCUGAGAGUCUGGCAGCAGCUCUCCUUAGAAUCAUGGAGGACAGAAAGGGCCAGGAGAAUUUUCAGCUCAUAGUAAUCACUCACAACGAACGUUUUGCUCAACUGAUCGGUCAACGGCAACAUGCAGAGAGAUACUAUCGGGUCACCAAAGAUGAUCUUCAGCAUAGUAUAAUUGAAGCCCAGGAAAUCUUUGAUUGAAUUUUUUCAAAGGGUUUUUCCGAUACAUCACUGAGUGCCGAGAUUGAGGCAGCAUGCGACGGAUGCGACUCCAGAAAUCGAAGUGAGAGAUUUGUUUGUUAUGCAGUAAAUUCAUUGAAGAAUAUAGAGAAUUGUCGCCAAAAUUGUGAAUGUGAAAUGUCGUGUUUGUUUGUUCUA